AUGUUAUAUGACUUGUUAUUUUUUCUGUCAUCUUCAACACCAGAUCGUCCAAAGAACACCUCAGUGUCAGUCAGUCCCUCUGGUGAAAUAGUGGAGGGCAGUUCAGUGACUCUGACCUGCAGCAGUGAUGCCAACCCACCUGUGGACAAAUACACCUGGUACAAGAAGAAUGGAGGUCACUAUCAGAGUAUCUCCAAUCAGAACACAGGACCACAUCAUACCUUCAAUCAAAUCAAGUCAUCUGAUACUGGGGAGUACUACUGCGAGGCCCAGAAUGAGUUGGGGACAGACAGGCCUGAGUCUAUCAACAUGGAUGUGAAAUAUGGCCCAAAGAACACCUCAGUGUCAGUCAGUCCCUCUGGUGAAAUAGUGGAGGGCAGUUCAGUGACUCUGACCUGCAGCUGUGAUGCCAACCCACCUGUGGACAAAUACACCUGGUACAAGAAGAACGUAACCUCACCAAAAGCAUCAGGACAGAGUUACAGCAUCACUAACAUCAUCUCUGAGGACAGAGGAGAAUAUUACUGUGAGGCCCAGAAUAGAAGAGGAUCUAUGAACUCUACAGCUCUGAUGGUCAUUGUAGCAGGGAAACAGACCUCAGUUCUGACUGCAGCUGUAGGAAUCACAGUGGUUGUUCUGGUUCUCAUCCUCUGUCUCCCUGGACUCAUGUGGUUCAGGAAGAAGGACUCCAAACCCACCUCCAACACAGGAGACACAUCAGAAAAUGAACAGGGAGACUCUAGUCCAGUGUAUGACAACAUCUCAGGCAUGGCCAUGACCCCUACUGCAGCACAGACAGUAGCCACAGAUGACCAGGAUGACAUUCACUACGCCAGCGUCCACUUCCAGGAAGUCCUUCUGUACUCGACCGUCCAACAGUCUCAAGCCCAGGAACAGGACGAGGAUAUCCAGUACGCUACUCUGAAAUUCAACCUCCUGAGUGAUGCCACCUGCCCAACAGCAGCAGACCCUGGUGCUGCUGAGGAGGACUCCUCUGUUCUCUACAGCACAGUCAACAAAUCCAGAACCAAGAAGACCUGAGCAUUACAAUACCAGAACCAAGUAGACCUGAACACAACAAACCCAG